CAGAAUGGACAAUGUUCUAUGGCAAGAAAUAUCAGAUUAUUAAUUAAUCAUAAAUUGUUAUUGGCUGAUAUGCUUACUUUCACCAAACCCACUUUCUUCUUUCUGUGUUUUAGGUAUUCUUGGCAAUCAAUUUGUUAGGGUAGAAGAUGGAAAAAGAUAAUGUCACAUCAGUGGAGGACUUCUACCUGACUGAGUUGUCAGACCUCCCAGAAGUGCGAAUUUCCCUCUUUGUGAUGAUUCUGCUGAUCUACUUGAUCUCCCUGGCAGGGAAUGGGGCUAUUCUCCUGGCAAUAGUGGCAGAUGAUCACCUCCAUACCCCCAUGUACUUUUUCCUUAGCAAUUUGUCUUUGCUGGAUAUUCUUGGCCCGACUGUCACUGUGCCAAAGAUGCUCCAAAUUUUCUUGUCCGAGAAUAAGAGAAUAUCGUUUAUGGGCUGCAUGAUACAACUAUUCUUUCUGAUUGAUGCAGUGGGUACUGAAAUUUUCUUGCUAGCAGUGAUGGCUUAUGAUCGGUACGUGGCUAUAUGUAGGCCUUUACAUUACACAAGCAUCAUGAGUAAACAGGUUUGCACUAAGCUGACAGCUUGGACCUGGCUGUUGGGCUUCAUCAAUUCCAUGGUUCAUACCUCUUUGACCUUUUCUUUAUCCUUCUGUGGACUGAAUAAAAUUAACCAAUAUUACUGUGACCUUCAGCCAGUGAUGGCUCUCUCCUGCUCUUCUACCUUUGUCUCUGAACUGGUUCGUCUUCUUGUGGCAAGCGUUAUAGGAUGUGGUGCUUUUCUUAUCACUCUGAUUUCGUACAUCUAUAUCCUUUCCACCAUCUUGCGCAUGCACUCUGUAGAAGGCAGGCACAAAGCUUUUUCUACCUGUGGAUCUCACUUGACUGUAGUUUGCCUCUUCUAUGGGGCUACCAUAGCCACAUAUGCUCGUUCCAAUUCAUCCUAUUCUCACAAACAGGACAGAAUCAUUUCCUUGUUGUAUGGGGUUGUUACCCCCAUGCUGAACCCCAUGAUCUACAGUUUGAGGAACAAGGAAGUCAAAAGGGCCUUGGUCAAAGCCUUUAGACUGAAAAAGUUCUACUGAAUGUUACGUUUAUAUCUUACUUCCCUAGUCUGCUGUCAGAGUAUGUUUGUUUUAUUAGUACAUUUGUGGGGAAAUUAGUUUGAUUUACAUAACAAAAACUGUGUUUUUCACAUUCUAAAACCAAGCAUGGAGAAACCUCAUGUUUUCCACAAUGUAGGAAUAUAGAACUAGAACAGAUCACAAGGGUCUUCCAGACCCACCCCAUUCUGCAUUGCAGGAACAUGUUAGUGUGUUCUGUUGCUAGAGUGAAUUGUUAUAUCAAGUCAUGCUGUUGGGUGUUUGCAACUGUGUAUUUCCGGCAGAGCAUUUCAGCAGCGCAUGGGUUAAGCACAAGCCAGCUUGAUUGAUUGCCCACAGGACCAAUAGGUCAGGGCUUCUGUUUGAACUAUCUGACAGGAACUGAACUGAACUGAGGAAUGCAGGAGGUGCCUGCUUGUACUGAUAACAGCCUUGGCUAGCGGAGAAGAUGCACCAUGUGUCCGGAGAGUUAUGGCUUUGAGUAAUUGUAAAUAACUUGUA